AUGUCUCUGACCUCCGAGUACUUAGAUGAUGCUAUCAGAAACCGGCUGGAGGCCGUGUACGUCGAAUGCGCCGACACUUCUGGAGGUUGCGGCCAGGCUUUUGAGGUGAUCAUUGUGUCACCAGUCUUUGCUGGUAAAAACCGUCUAAUGCGCCACAGACUUGUCAACCAAGCUCUGCGUGAAGAAAUCAAUUCCAUCCAUGCUUUUACUCAGAAAAACUAUACACCUGAAGAAUGGACAAAGCUUCAUGGAGCAUAA